AUGCUCAACCCUUUCAGCAUCUUCACGCAGGCCUUUCCUCCGCGGCCGCAGUUCACCGAGAAGGAGAUCCCCGAUCUCUCCGGAAGGGUCUGCAUCGUGACGGGAGCAAACACUGGGGUUGGCAAAGAAGUCGCGCAGAUUCUCUACUCGAAAAAUGCCAGUGUCUACAUCACCUCCCGCUCGGAAGAGAAGGGCCGCGCUGCCAUCGCCGCCAUCAAGGAAGCCCUGCCCAGCUCAACUGGAAAGCUGGACAUCCUGACUCUGGACCUGGCUGACCUCACCACCAUCAAGCCUGCGGCCGAGGCUUUCCUGGCCAAAGAGUCUCAACUUCACCUCCUUGUCAACAAUGCCGGCGUCAUGAUGCCACCCCAGGGGAGCAAGACCGCUCAGGGCUACGAGCUGCAGCUGGGAACGAAUUGCGUCGGCCCCUUCCUCUUCACCAAGUUGCUCACGCCCACGUUGGUGGAAACGGCCAAGACGGCACCCAAGGACAGUGUUCGCGUUGUCUGGGUUUCGAGCUCUGCUGCUGAGCUUCUAUCGCCUUACCCUCCCAUUGAAAUUGACAAUCUUGACUACUCCAAGAGGGACAGGAUCAAGGAGUUCAAGUAUGGAAUCAGCAAGGCUGGUAACUACUUCCACUCCACAGAAUUUGCUAAGCGGCACAAGGCCGACGGUGUCAUCAGUUUGGCUCUGAACCCCGGAAACCUCUCAUCGGAGCUGGACCGUCACAUCACGGCCCUGAUCCCGACAUUGUUCAGGAAAGCAACCACCUACCCCGCCAUUUACGGCGCAUACACCGAGCUCUUCGCAGCGCUCUCUCCCGAGGUGACAAUCGAGAAGACGGGUGACUGGGUCGUUCCUUGGGGUCGCUUUUACGCCAUCAGGGAAGACCUUGUACAGGGCUCCAAGUCCCGCGAAGAGGGCGGAACUGGACUUGGCGAAGACUUUUGGAAGUGGACGGAAGAACAGGUGGAUAAGUACCUUUGA